CUGUGUCCUGUCUACAGUUGAAGCUGUGAUUACAUACCAAACCGAGUGGAGCACACCAACCUGAGUGCAGCCGGACAGGUUGAGGUGGAUGAGACUGUGGCAGCCCUUCCCUGUGGUCAGUUUGUUUUCAGAAGACUUUCAUCUCAAACUCUUGCUUUGGCUCCAGCUCUUGUUACAGAAAAGACAAUCCCUGCAGGGCUCAGAAUGCAUGUGAACUCCUGUCUACUCUUAGCCUCCCUACUCCUCCUGCUCCCGUCCACUGAGAUGAAAAGGUCGGGGAAGGGCAGAGGCCUCAGAGGAGCACGACACAAACUCACACGUGACAGGGUCAGAGGUGCUGGGCGUCACAGCAGAUCAGGACCCUCUGGGCUCGUUUCACCUGACUGCACAGAGUUGACAGAAUCUGGAGACAUCUUUGUGGACUGUCAGGACCGACGUCUCAACUCCAUUCCUAUCUCAAAAACCUGGUCAAAAGAACCGAAGCACCUCCUUCUAGCUCGCAACCGGCUCAAAAUCCUUCAAGAUGGGGCUUUCUUUGGAUAUGAGAAUUUAGCAAGUCUAGACUUGCAGCAGAACCAGAUCUCUUUAGUGGAGGAAGGGGCCUUCCAGGGCCUGGCACGCCUCAAAACCCUGCUGCUGCAACACAACCGCCUGAGAACACUUAGCGAGGAGGCCCUCAUCCCUAUGCCAAACCUUCACUACCUGCGUUUAUAUGAUAAUCCCUGGAAUUGUCUCUGCCCGUUGGACAGUCUCACCCGCACCCUUCAGGUCCCAAGCAACCGUAAUUUAGGAAAUCAUGCCAGGUGUGAAGAGCCCAUCAGGCUAAAAGGCAUGAAGUUGAAGCAGGUUGACCCUGAGUUACUCUGUAAGGAGUCAGACCCAACCGGCAACCCAGAGUGGGACCAAACAAAUACUACAGUCCCUGCAAAGCCCAGUCCAUUUCGCGGCAAACCAGAUGCCACCACAUCUUGCCAUACCUACCUUUUCCCCCAAAUACGAAUGGACUGCAGUAAACGAGGUCUGACUGAGGUUCCCACAGGCAUUCCAGAUGAUGUUGUUCAUCUUGAUCUGUCCCAUAAUUCAAUCCAUCAUCUCAGAGCCAGAGAUUUCCAAAGCGCGAGGAGCCUCAGAACCCUUAACAUCAGUAAUAACAACAUGGAGCGCAUCGACACAGCAUCCCUGUUUGGGCUCCUGCACCUCCGUGAGCUGGACUUGUCUGACAACAGCCUGCAUUAUGUCCAGUACGGGGUUCUUGAAGACCUUUACUUCCUAUCACAGCUAAAACUGGGGGGAAACCCCUGGGUGUGUGACUACAGCAUCCACUACAUGGUUUACUGGCUGCAUCAUCACCCAGGGGUUUGGUACUCUGGCCUGAUCUGUCGUUCCCCUCCUGAACAUACUGGGGAGAGUGUGGAGGAGUAUGUGCAUUCCUACAACAGAGAGUGUCCAAAGGACAGACAGCACAGCAGAACAGAUCAAGACCAAACGGACCCUGAGCUUUGGAACACACCGAUGGAAGUGCAGAGAGAGCUGGAGGAGGAGCUGGAGCCGAGCCACUUGAGAGUGCCACAGAAAUACCAAAUCAUCAGAUUGUCUUGAAAUCUGACUUUUUAAAGGCUCUUUAUUUUCCUGUCUUUCAAUUUCCUUCAAUAUUAUAAAACAGUCUGUAUCAGAUGGAGAAACUUCCUUUCCUGUGUUGCUUUUAUGUUUUGUCAGUACUGUGCAAUCAGAAUAUAAGCUUUGUCAAUUUA